CCGACUCCGACCUUCGCCUUGCCCGCCUCUUGAUCGGAGCCGGACUGCCGGAGUCGGUAGAUUGACUCGCAUGUGCUAGAUCGAGGCCGCGUCCUCGUCAAAAGGCUGAUUGUCUCUCGACUAGGGUUUGAAAGGGUAGAGCAGCAGGGCAGAUCGGCAAUGGAAAAUCACCACGACUCCCUCGCCGACGGGCGGGACGUCGAGGGCCCAGCCUUGUGGACUGAAAUUCGCCACCGGCUGUCCCAGGAUUUCAUACUGAGGCACGAGGAGGCGCGGACGCGAGCCGCGGAGGCCAAGGCCGCCCUAAACGGGGAUCACUGGGAGUGGGACGACGACGGUGCAUAUGCCGUCAUCGAUCCGGCCUCCUUGAAGGCCAUGGUGGCCAUGGAGACGCCGGAGGUGGGCGAGACGAGGGAGCAGGGCUGCGCGGUGUGCCUCGAGGGUUUCGUGGCCGGUGGCAAGAAGCUGAGGACGAUGCCCUGUUCCCACUCCUUCCACCAGAGAUGCAUCUUCGACUUGCUCCUCCGUAGCCGAUUCUGCCCGGUCUGC